UUUCUUGUUCCUGAUAGAAGACGCAAACUGAGAGAAAGAGGAUAAGAUCCCACUUCAAACUAAAAAUACCACAGCUACAGCUUCAAGUGGAAACAAUGGGAACUCUGGGAAAGCUGGAAAAGAAAUAUACUUUUACUUCAACCUGUUGCAGAUUCCACAUUAUCAUCUGACAGAGCCACAAGUGAAAGAGAAAGUAAAUGACGAGGAACUUUCUAGACCAACUUUGCUGUGAGUUUUCUGUGUUUUUAAGCUUCACUUAAAGACAAAAUGUCUUCCACUUCAGAGUAUGAUCUUUCUUGCCCUGUCUGCCAUGACAUCUUCAAAGACCCCGUCGUCCUGUCGUGCAGCCACAGCUUCUGUAGGGACUGUUUGCAGGAAUGGUGGAAGGGGAAAAUAACAAACGACUGUCCAUGCUGCAAGAGAAAAUCCUCAAAGAGAGAACCCCCUUGUAACCUGGCAUUAAAGAAUCUGUGUGAGACCUUCUUACUGGAAAGAAACCAGAGAGCUGCUGAUGCCAUUUGUAGUCUGCACUCUGAGAAACUCAAGAUCUUCUGUCUGGACCACCAGGAGCCAGUGUGUGUCAUCUGUCGAGAUUCAAAAAUGCACAACAACCACAAGUUCCGACCCAUUGAUGAGGCUGCACAGGAUCACAGACAGGAAAUCCAGUGCCUUCUGAAGCCCUUAAAAGAGAAAUUGGAACUCUUUGAAAAAGUUAAAGAAAAAUGCAAUCAAACAGAAAAACACAUUAAAGUCCAGGCCCAACAAACAGAGGGGCAAAUUAAGGAGCAGUUCAAGAAGCUUCACCAGUUUCUACAAGAAGAAGAGAAGGUCAGGAUUGCAGCUCUAAGGGAGGAAGAGGAGAAGAAGUGUCGGAUGAUGAAGGAGAAGAUUGAUGGUCUCAGCAGAGAUAUAGCAGCUCUGUCCAACACAAUUAAAAUCUCAGAGAAGGAGCUGAAAGCUGAAGACAUCUCAUUCCUCAAAAACUACAAGGCUGCAGUGAGAAGAAUCCAGCAACGUCCUGUUCCACAUGAUCCACAGCUGGUCUCAGGGGCUCUGAUAGAUGCGGUAAAACACCUGGGGAAUCUAACCUUCAACAUCUGGAACAAAAUGAAGAAGAUGGUGUCAUACACCCCUGUGCUUCUGGAUCCUAACACUGCCGACCCAGAACUCAUUGUGUCUGAAGAUCUAAGCAGCGUAAGAUCUGGAAAGCGACAACAGCUUCCACAAAAUCCAGAGAGGACCAAGUUUACCUGCUCCGUCAUCAACUCUGUGGGAUACAGUUCUGGAACACACGUCUGGGAUGUUGACGUUGGAGACAACACGGACUGGGAACUGGGCGUGUUGAGAGAGUUUGUCCAAACAAGUGGACAGUUACAGUCUGGAUUGUGGAGAAUUUUGUUCUCUAAUGGUAAAUUCUCGGCAUUCUCAACGUCAGACCCAGAGAAGGAGCUAUCAGUAAAUAAGCUGAAAAGGAUCAGAGUUCACCUGGACUUUGAGAGAGGAAAAUUGGCUUUUCUGGAUCUUGACACCAACACAAACAUACACUCCUUCGCCCACCGCUUCACUGGCACCCUGUUUCCUUACAUCUACACUGAGAACCCUCUCCCACUGAAGAUUUUACCAGUAAAUGUCUCUGUAGCGGUGGAAAAGCACAGGUAGGAGGGAUACGACGAUACAUUUUAUAGUUGAUUGGGAAACAGGAUUUGAAGGUCUUUCAUAUAUAUUAAAGUUUUAUGGUGAUGGUAUUGUGAUAAAUUAUUCAAACAUUUUGGGACUGGACUAUAUCAAACAAUGGGAAAUCUUUUCAAUACGUGAUUAGACCAACUAACAGGAGGAACAGUUAUGUACAAAAGUGGGCCAGAAUGGUUUUUCAUCUAUAUUUUGGCUCUUAGAAAGCUGUUUAAAGACCAAAGUUGUCUGCAUCCACCUGUUAGAAGUCUGUCCUGUGAGACAAAUCUCAAGAGAUAGUGCACAUGAGAGGAACAUUGAAAACAUGACAGAAGCUACAACCCUGAGAACAUCAUCCGGCCUGAAAACUGAUUAUAGUGAUAUAGUAUGGCGACUGCCAAGAGCUGCACAAAAGAAAAGCCAUAUGCAAGAUGUGUCAACUAGAGGUACUCUACGAAAUAUCUCUAAUCAAACUGAUAUUUGAUUUAGGAAAUCAGUAAACAGCCUUUGCGGCUUCUGAAGAGGCGCUUGUCACUGCUGCAUAUCUGUGACAACUUAACAACUUAGUGUUCAUUAAUAAAUCUGAACUGACUUAAUCUGAGCGACUACAGGACUCAAAAUCCUACGUUGCACAUCUGACACUGUUAAAUAUAUUUUGGUAUUGAUAUGUUGAUUUGUGGUACAAGAACAAGACUUACAUGAGAAAAUUAACUUAGCUGCAUAGCACAUGGAGUUGUUCUGAAGUGUAUUAAGAUACCAGCACUGGGAUCUCAGCGUAAUGAGUCAAACUCAUUAAAUGUUUUAUUUUGUCAUAAAACUCAACUGUUUACAUUAACAAGAGGAAAAAAAAGCAAAAUGAUGAUGAUAUAGAGAUUAUGUAAAUAAAAUGUUUUUCAACCUCGGUUGUUUUUAAAUAUGCUUUAUGAAUAAACUGAUUGAUUGAUUGAAAAUGGAAUUUAUUAAACUUUAAACUCAAAUGAAUCCAAAUAGAUAAGUACUAAUACAUAAAAAAUACUCAGCUUAAUGUAAAAUUAAGUGAUGCCAGAAGGGAGACGUAGCAGACAGAGGUAUUCUUAGGCACACGGUGGUGGGCAGGUUUGAAAACGUUGUAAAUGCUGCUUUUAAGUGAUGAUGCUGAUGAAGCUGUGAUUAUGGUUUUCCAAUACAAUGUUUUGUGUAGAUAAUAAUUGAGACUGUAUAUCUGUGAGAAAAACCAAAGUAUGAAUUUUUGUGAUGCUAUAUUAACAUAUGAAUAUCAACAAUGGAUGAAAUGAAAAUUACAAAUUGUUUUCUAUAGCAGUUGCUUUCGUUUUUCUGUGGCUUAUUCUGAUUGUGACAAAUAAAAAAUUUAGAAGACUU